CUGCACAUGCUCAGAGAACUGAUACCUCUUGGCAUUCUCUCUGAGGCAUCGAGGAGAGGGAGGGAGGGAGAGAGAGAGUGUGAAAGAAGGAGAGAGAGAAAGAGGGGAGAGUGAAAGGAGAGAGAGGAGAGAGAGAGAGGGAGGGAGGGUGAAAGAAGGAGAUAGAGAGAAAGAGAGAGGGAGGGAGAAAGAGGGAGAGAGCUCGACAGGACAGACACAACCACUGGGCUGGCUCUGGUGUCGCUGCGUUGAGAAACCACUCUCCCACCCUCAGCUUGUGGUUUUGUUUAUCAGUCUGAAGACCCACUGCUGAAACACUGACGGUUCUGAGGAAGUUGGCAAAAGAUUUGGGCCCGGGCGGACGGGAGAGUUGAUGCCAGACGGGCAGAGCGCCGGGGAGCAAGGGAAGGCCAUUGAACGAGCCGCCAUGUCUCUGAAGUACUGCAAUGUCCCGAGCCCUGAAGCGACCAGCAACAGCUUCUGGAUGCCGGACAAGUAUAAAAGCACGGCCAAGCGAGUGGACGAUGGCUACAAGAUCUGCAACGACAUCAUGCUGUGUUUCCAAGAGAGGGCCAAGAUCGAGAAACAGUACUCGCUGCAGAUGGCGGCUUGGUCACGCAAGUGGAAGCCCUUGGUCGAAGCAAGUCCCAUGUACGGCACCCUGUUGAAGGCAUGGCACGCCUUCCUCACGUCCGCUGACCGCCUCAGUGAGCUGCACUCGGACAUCCACACCUCCCUGGUGGCCGAGGACACGGGCCGGAUCCGCAAGUGGCAGAAGGAGAUGUACCACAAAAAGUUCUUUGGGGGAUUCAAGGAAACACACGAGGUGGCGCACGGAUUCAAGAAAGCGCAGAAGCCCUGGACAAAGAAACUGCAAAAGGCAGGGAAGUUGAGGAAACUCUACCACGCCAAGCGGAAAAAGGAGCGCGUGGCCAUUCUGCGGGAGAACGGGUGCCGUGCCAACGCUGCCUCCUCCUGGAAGCAGCAGAAACAGCUGCGGCAGAGGGAGCAGCGCAGCCAGGAGGCGGAGAAGGUGAAGCAACGUUAUACAAAGACCAUCGAGGAUCUAAACAAGUACAACCCCAAGUACAUGGAGGAGAUGGAGAUGGUCUUUGAUCAGAGUCAACAGUUGGAGCAGAAACGCACCGUCUUCCUCAAACAGAUCUUCCUGUCCAUACAUCGGCACCUGGAUGUGACCAACAAUGAGAGUUUCCGCUCGAUAUUUAAGGAUCUUCACCAGACGGUGCUAUCGAUAAACGACCAGAACGAUUUAAAAUGGUGGCGCAACACGUAUGGGCCGGGAAUGCCGACAAACUGGCCGCACUUUGAGGAAUGGAGCCCAGGGCCAGAGAAGAUCACAGACAAGAAGGGAAAAGGACAGAAGGAAGCAGAGAAGGUGGUUCUUCAAAGCUUAAGGUCAGGAACUGACUAAAAUCGAGGAUGAGGAUGAACAGGGCUGGUGUAAAGGUUACCUGGAUGGAGGCCGGAUUGGACUGUACCCUGCAAACUAUGUGGAGCUCGUACAGUAGAAACUACGCACACAAACACGGGGACAUUCGAACACAAGGACAGCAAGCAGCAACAGCAACCGUCUGGGAGACACUGCUCGCAAAAACAUUUGUACAUUUGUUAUUCUCCUUUGCAUUAACUUACCCUGUGAGUCCCAGUGACAAUAUUACUCGAGUGGACUAUCCAUGUCAAAUUGUACAGGGGUGUGACGUUACUAUUUGAGGUAUUCUUGCUGUGUCUAGAGAGUUGAGUACGUUACACUGUGGGCCAACCUGAGGGAGGCAAGAAUCUUGCAGCACGGAAACAGGCCCUUCGGCCCCACUUGUCCAUGCUAACCAAGCUGCCUUCCACUGCUGGUCCCGUUUGGCCCGUACCCCUCCAAACCUUUCUUAUCCACCUACCUGUCUUUCAAAGGUGAAUUUACGCACCUUCCCACCACCCAUCCACCUGCUGGGUGGAAACGUUUAAAUCAGUCCCCUCUCACCUUCAACCUCUGUCCCUCUUAUCUGGGUCCCAUCACUUGCCAGGCCUUGCCCAACCUCAUCGAAGAUAGACACAAAAUGCUGGAGUAACUCAGCGCGUCUCAACCCAAAACGUCAUCCAUUCCAUCUCUCCAGAGUUGCUGCCUGUCCCGCUGAGUUACUCCAGCAUUUUGGGUUUAAACCAGCAUCUGCAGUUCCUUCCUACCCCUUCCUCUCUCCUGGCAAGUUCUGCCUUUGUUAAGGUGCUAGAUCAUAACUAACAUGACAGGCCAUCAACCCACGAGUCCCUAGACUUGGUGCUAACCCCUGGGAUGCACGAUGGAAGCUUUCCCUCUCUCUCCAU